AUGUUCACCGUGACAUGGAGCACGUUGGUGGACAAAGGCGUCCAGUGUUCAGAUAAGCCGGGGGCCUCGCAGCAGCCCAUGCAGGAGAAGGAGCUGGAACACAAGCACAGCACCGCCCUUCCCAGAAGCCGCUCUCGGCACACGGGGCCCCGCAGCCAAGUGCAGACCAGUUUCCGCAGGGGACCCUGGGCCGUGGAGUAUAAAGGCUGGCUGCGCGAGGGGCAGGCACAGCGUCUCGGAGCCCCAGAGAGCGACCUGUCGGGCGGCCGCGAUCGCAGACCCCCGGCGAUGAGGAACCUGCUCCUGACCGUCGGCCUCAGCCUCAUUGCUGCCCUGCAGGCCCAGGACUUGUCAGGGAAAUGGUAUCUGAAGGCCCUGACCUCAGACCGGGAGUUUCCCGGGAUGAAGCCGGAGCUGGUGACGCCUGUGGAAGUCACAGUCCUAGAGGGGGGCAGCCUGGGCACCCAAACAACCGCAAGGUUUGACGGUCGGUGCCAGAACAUAACCGUGGUCCUGGAGGCGACCGACGAGCCCGGCAAAUACACAGCCUGUGGGGGCAAGCGCGUGGUGUACAUCUCACCGUCGCCCGUGAGGGACCACUACAUUCUUUACUGUGAAGGGGAGCUCUACGGGCAGCAGACCCGCCUGGCGAAGCUUGUGGGAAGAGAUCCAGAGAACAACCCAGAGGCCUUGGAGGAUUUUACGGAGUUCGCAAGAUCCAGAGGGCUAAACCUGGAGAUCUUCACACCCCCACAAAGUGAAACUUGCCCUCCAGGAGGAAACUAGGAGGGCACCGAGGCUCCACAGCAGCCCCAGCAGCACCACCAGGACCCUCUGUCCUGCAGGACGUGGAAGGAGCCCUGCCCCCGGGACCCGGG